AUGGGAACAGUGUCUGUUGAAGCGGCUCGGAAAAUGGGUCCCUUCUUCCAUCAUGUUUUUAUCUCUCUCUCUCUCCCCCUCUCUCUCUCUCUAUUUCUGUCUCACUCUCUCUCUCUAUUUCUCUCUCUCUAUUUCUUUCUCUCUAUAUAUAUAUUUCUCUCUAUAUUUCUCUCCCUAUUUCUCUCUCUCUAUUUCUUUCUCUAUCUCUCUCUAUUUCUCUGUCUCUAUUUCUCUCUAUAUUUCUCUCUCUCUAUUUCUCUCUAUAUUUCUCUCUCUCUAUUUCUUUCUCUCUAUUUCUCUCUCUCUCUAUUUCUCUCUCUAUAUUUCCCUCUCUGUAUUUCUUUCUCUCUAUUUCUCUCUCUCUCUCUAUUUCUCUCUCUCUAUUUCUUUAUCUAUCUCUCUCUAUUUCUCUGUCUCUAUUUCUCUCUAUAUUUCUCUCUCUCUAUUUCUUUCUCUCUCUCUCUCUCUCUAUUUCUCUCUCUAUAUUUCUCUCUCUCUCUUUCUCUCUAUUUCUUUCUCUCUUUCUCUCUAUUUCUCGCUCUCUCUUUUUCUCUCCCUAUUUCUCUCUCUCUCUAUUUCUUUUUCUCUCUCUAUUUCUCUCUCUCUCUAUUUCUUUUCUCUCUCUUUUUCUCUCUCUAUUUCUUUCUCUCUAUUUCUCUCUCUCUCUAUUUCUCUCUCUCUAUUUCUCUCUAUAUAUUUCUCUGUCUCUAUUUCUUUCUCUCUCUCUCUCUCUCUAUUUCUCUUUCUCUAUUUCUCUCUCUCUCUUUCUCUAUAUUUCUCUCUCUCUAUUUCUCUCUCUAUUUCUAUCUCUCUCUAUUUCUUUCUCUCUCUCUAUUUAUCUCUCUCUAUUUCUUUCUCUCUAUUUCUCUUUCUCUCUAUUUCUCUCUCUCUAAUUCUCUCUCUAUUUCUCUCUCUCUCUAUUUCUUUCUCUCUCUAUUUCUCUCUCUCUCUAUUUCUCUCUCUCUAUUUCUCUCUCACUCUAUUUCUCUCUCUCUAUUUCUCUCUCACUCUAUUUCUCUCUCUCUCUCUUUCUCUCAGUCCUUUCAGCCAUUUUUUUUUCGCUCAUUCGAACGUUGUCUCCGUUAUCUUACUCUCAUAAAGCGAGAUAGGCAACGCGCGGUCGCCGAAGCCCCGAAGGCUCGUCCGAGCCGCGUGAUUGGUUGUUUGAAAGAGGCGGCAAUUCAACGUUCCUUGUGCGCGCAAGCUAUGCUCCGCGUGUGGUGGGCAUUCACCGCGGCCGUCGGACGCGUAGCGGUGGUAAGCGGUCGAAUUGAAGGCACUAAGAACUACAGGACGAGUCUCUCCGCGCAAUUCAACGCUCUUCGUGCGCGCAAGCUGUUCUCAGCGUGUGGUGGUCGUCUCUGCGGGGCCGUCGGACGCGUAGCGGUGACUGUAAGAACUACAGGACGACACUCUCUGCGCAAUUCAACGCUCUUCGUGCGGGCAAGCUGUCCUCUGCGUGUGGUGGUCGUCGCAGCGGCCGUCGGACGCGUAGCGGUGGUAAGCGGUCGAAUUGAAGGCUCUAAGAACUACAGGACGACUCUCUCCGCGCAAUUCAACGCUCUUCGUGUACGCAGGCUGUCCUCUGCGUGUGGUGGUCUUCGCCGCAAAUAUCGCUCUCUCUCUCUCUCUCUCUCUCUCUCUCUUCAUAUUCAAUAUCUAUCUGUCUAUCUCUCCCACUGUUUCUCUCGGUAUAUGUCCUCAUUAUCAAUCAAUAAUAUUCAUUUAAUAUCUAUCUAUCUAUCUAUCUAUCUAUCUAUCUAUCUAUGUGGAAAGCCUCAAAUCUAUCUAUCUAUCUAUCUAUCUAUCUAUCUAUCUAUCUAUCUAUCUAUCUAUCUAUCUCAAUAUAUAUAUAUAUAUAUAUAUAUAUAUAUAUAUAUAUAUAUAUAUAGAGAGAGAGAGAGGGAGGAGGAGACAGACAGACAGACAGACAGACAGACAGAGAUUUCUAUGUCUUCAUUAUCAAUCUAUAACAUUCUGUUAAUAUUUAUAUAUCUAUCAAUCCCACUAUCUAAUUAUAUUCAACAUCUAUCUAUCUAUCUAUCUAUCUAUCUAUGUCUUCAUUAUCAAUUCACUUUAAUAUCUAUCUAUCUAUCUAUCUAUCUAUCUAUCUAUCUAUCUAUCUGUCAUGGGCCAUUACCUAUAACUACAGAAUGA